AUGGCGACAGGAGUCCUUCAGAGAGUGAGCACCGGCUUGGCUCGGGCUAAAAACGGAGCCCAGUCAGCCGGGCAGCUUCUCGUUUGGACCAGAGGCUUUUCCACGUCCACCAUCACCAGACAAGACAGCUGGUUCAAAUCACUCUUUGUCAGGAAAGUUGACCCCAGGAAAGAUGCACACUCAACUCUACUGACCAAAAAUGAAGAAAGUAACCUCUACAAAAUUCAGUUCCAUAAUGUAAAGCCAGAAUGCCUUGAAGCAUACAACAAAUUAUGCGAGGAUGUCUUGCCCUCCAUCCAUGCUGAUAAGUACUACCCCUGUGAGCUGGUGGGCACCUGGAAUACCUGGUACGGAGAACAAGACCAGGCUGUUCACCUGUGGCGUUACAGAGGUGGUUACCCAGCCCUAACAGAGGUGAUGAACAAGCUACGUCAGAACAAGGAGUUUACAGAGUACAGGAAGGAGCGUGGUAAGAUGCUGUUGUCUCGCAGGAACCAGCUUCUACUGGAGUUCAGUUUCUGGAACGAACCAGUACCCAGAGAGGGACCUAACAUCUAUGAACUCAGAUCCUACCAACUGAGGCCGGGGACAAUGAUCGAAUGGGGCAAUUAUUGGGCAAGAGCUAUUGGAAUCCGCCAGCAAAACAGUGAAGCUGUUGGAGGAUUUUUCUCACAGAUCGGCAACCUUUAUAUGGUUCAUCAUCUCUGGGCCUACAAAGACCUUCAAUCCAGAGAAGACAUAAGGAAUGGUGCAUGGCAGCAGGAAGGCUGGGACGAGGUGGUCUAUUAUACAGUCCCUCUUAUUCAGCAUAUGGAUUCCCGGAUUAUGAUCCCCACCAAGGCAUCGCCACUAAAAUGA